UGGUGCCAGCCCCGUUCCCACAGCCCCGGGGCCGUCCCACCGCGACUCCAGGUGAUGGGUGAUGCAGGUGGCGGUGGCAGUUGGGGGCUGAGCCCUCGGCGGCGCGGCUGCUAUGGAGGUGCCCUGGGUGCUGCUGGCUGCCGCUCUGCUCCAGCUCCUGCCCCCUGGCAGGGCUAUUGGGCCCCUACCCACCCUGGCCCCACCACUGAGCAUGAUGGUGGCUGGGCAGCGCCGGCAGCUGGUGGUCUGUGUGGUGAGCGAGCUGGCCCCUGCCUCCGGCCACACCGUCUGGAUCUCCGGUGGGAAUGGCAGUGCCUUGCAGUCCUUCGCUUAUGGGACCUCCUGGGAGGAUGGUGGCACCGUCUGCACUGUCUCCCUCCUACCCAGUGACCCACCGGCUGAGGGGGAUCUCGCCUGCCACGUGGGGCCCAACAGGACCUCCCCGGCCCACAGCUCCAGCCCCAUCCACAUCACAGGCAACAAGGAGGCAGCAGACCCCUGUCCCAGCAGCAUGGCUGUGUGCAAGUACGUGGCGGUGGAGCUGAAAUCUGCUUUUGAGGAGACUGGCAAGACCAAGGAGGUGAUUGACACCAAGUAUGGCUUCCUGGAUGGGAAGGGCUCUGCUGUCAAGUACACGCAGUCGGAUAUCCGGUUAAUCGAGGUGACAGAGAACAUCUGCAAGCGGCUGUUGGAUUACAACCUGCACAAGGAGAGGAGUGGCAGUAACAGAUUUGCAAAGGGCAUGUCAGAGACGUUUGAGACCCUGCACAACCUGGUGCACAAGGGUGUCAAGGUGGUGAUGGACAUCCCCUACGAGCUGUGGAACGAGACCUCCGCCGAGGUGGCUGACCUCAAAAAGCAGUGCGACGUGCUGGUGGAGGAGUACGAAGACGUAAUCGAGGACUGGUACAGGCACCACCAGACAGAGGAUCUCUCCCAGUUUCUCUGCGCCAACCACGUGCUAAAAGGGAAGGACACAAGCUGCCUGUCAGAGAAGUGGACUGGCAAGAAGGGUGACUUGGCAAGCGUUGGGGAGAAGCACAGCAAGAAAAAGAGCAGGAAGAAGAAGAAGAAGGAGGGCCAGAAGGGUGAGAAGGAGGGAGCUGCAGGCCUGCUUCCCACGGGGGAGGCCCUGGAGGAGAGCGGGGUCCAGGAGGAGGCUCCGCUCACCCACAGCCCAGCCGACGAGCUGUAGGGGGGCAGCUCCAGACCCCGGGGCCGCCCCAGCCCCUGGGAUCUUACCCCACCGUGGCCUGCGGGUACCAAAGGAAAAGGGACUUUGCGUUCGGCAUGAGCAACCCGGGGGAGGCCGGAGGGGCUCGGCCGCCCGGGUGGGAUCCUGCCAGCUGAGGGGUGUAGGGAGUUGCCGACCCGACCCCUCUGGGGCUCCAGGUACGGAGCCGCCGGUGCUGCCGCGGGGCCGGGGCCGGCUUCUGCUCCCUGCGCCCUGCCGGGACUGUAAAUAAAGACAUUUUCCCCAGAA